AUGGUGUAAACAAUCAGUGGAUCAUAACUUUCUUAAACUGUAGCGACAAUUGAAGUUGUUCGUCGACCUUUACAAAAACCUUUUGAGUCUUCUAAGGUGAACUAAAAUGGAUAUGAAGUUAUUAAUAAAAUCAAAGAACUUUUUAGUGAAGCUUUCUUUCAUCAUUAUGCAAUAAUUUUGACUACAAAAGAGAAUGAAUCAAUGAUAUUGCACUACCUAAAGGAAGGUUUCACUAGUUCCAUAAUUUAAAAUUAAGAAAGACAAUGCUACACAGUAAUAGAGAGGUAUGAAUCAUAACAAUUCAAAAAACUGUUCAAAGUUAAAGAACUAUAUGAUUUAAGAUAAUUAAACAAUUAAGAUUCAUUAAAAUAUGAUUUACUUAAAAAUAGUUGUAUUCAUUAUGUAAAUCAUGUUAAAGAGUAUAUAAAUUAAUAUCUCUAUGAUAUUAAUGAGCAUGCAAUUUAGAAAAUAGAAUUACCUAGUUUAAUCUCCAGUAUAAAACUUUUGAUCUAAAAAAUUUAUCAGAAUAUUAAAAAAUUAUCCAAAAAAGAGUUAUGGCCUGAAGAUUUAAAGAAAUUCACUCAAGAAAACUUUAAAAAUCCAGAAUUAUAUUAUUAAAUACUUUAUGAAGCUAUUAGAUGUGGAAAAAAUCAAAGUAAGAUGCAAAUGUUAGGUAAUUCUAUUCUAAUAGCAGUUUUUCAUCUAAUAAAUUCUAUACCUAUUAUUGGCGGAAUUUUAACAUUAAUAGCAAUUCCCUUUUCUUUAUAUUUUAUUUGGAUCUAAAGUGACGAAGGAAUUUUCCAAAAGUGUUACAAAACAUUGGCUUUGUUUUUUAUUGUUUGUUUAGGAAUGUUGCCAGAAACCAAAAUACUAAAAUAUCCUUUUGAUAUAGUUUCAGAUCUUAUUAAAAAAUAUGGCAUUAUCAAAGUUGAAAGAAGAGAAAUUGUAAUAGUUGGGAGUUGUACAUUUGCAGGAAUGAUUGGAGGAGCCGCUGUUGCUAAAUUCGCUACUCCUAUUAUUGCUACAGCGUGUGAAAGAGUUGACAUUAAAUCAUGCAUAUUAGUAAUUACAGGACUCUUAAGUGGUGGAGAACCUGCUGCAAUAUCUAGUGGAGCAUUCUUAUUAGAAGUUGGAUCAGGUUCCGCUAAAGCUGUCAUAGCCAGUGCAUCAGAUGCAGUAAUUUCCACAUCAAUAAGUGUACGAUCAGUUAUAGCUAAAAUCGGCUCUAUCAAUAUCGGUAUUGCUAUUGGUUGUGUAGUUGGGGUAGCUAUUGGUAUAGGUAUAUGUAAGUUACUGAGAUGGAUGAAAUCUGGAUGA